CGCCUCCGGGGCGGUGGGUCCCGCUGAGAGGCCGGGCCUGCGGGGCGGGGCGUGCCGGCGCCGCUCCCGGCGUGCACUGGGGCCCGCAUCACCCGGAAGGAGAAGCGGGGCCGGCUCCAUGGGGGCGCGGGCGCCGGGGCGAGCGGGUGCUGCUCUCAGGAGCCAGCGGGAUCAUUUGUUGGCAGUACGUAUUGGCUGAAGUCAGUUUUCAUUUCAAGAUGUUUUCUUCCAAUGGACUUUUGAUGUAGGAUGUUGGAGAACCAAGAGCAGGAGGAGGUGAUCACGGUGCGUGUUCAGGACCCCCGCGUGCAGAAUGAGGGCUCCUGGAACUCUUACGUGGAUUAUAAGAUCUUCCUCCACACCAACAGCAAAGCCUUCACUGCCAAGACCUCCUGUGUGCGUCGCCGCUACCGUGAGUUCGUGUGGCUGAGAAAGCAGCUACAGAGAAACGCCGGUUUAGUGCCUGUACCUGAACUUCCUGGGAAGUCAACCUUCUUUGGCAGCUCAGAUGAGUUCAUUGAGAAGCGUCGACAAGGUCUGCAGCAUUUCCUCGAAAAGGUCCUGCAGAGUGUUGUCCUCCUGUCAGACAGCCAGUUACACCUCUUCCUGCAAAGCCAGCUCACGGUGCCUGAGAUAGAAGCGUGUGUCCAGGGCCAAAGCCGCACGACCGUGUCUGAGGCCAUCCUUCGCUAUGCCAUGUCAAACUGUGGCUGGGCCCAGGAGGAGAGGCAGGGCCCUUCUCAGCUGGCUAAAGGGGACCAGCCCAAGAGUUGCUGCUUUUUUCCAAGAUCAGGCCGGAGGAGUUCUCCCUCGCCGCCUCCCGAGGAAGAAAAGGACCAUUUUGCGGUGUGGGCUCCUGUUGUCGACUCGGAGGCUCCCUCCUCGGAAAGCCCCCCUCCGCGUCCCCCUACCUCACCCUCACGCUGUGACUUUGCAAGACCCGAUGAAGGACUCUGCGCUCCCCCACCUGUGAGGAGGUCCAUGGGAGGGGACCAUGCUGUACCUUUGGAUCCUAGCCAGUUAGAGACAGUUUUGGAAAAGUGAGCUCUGGGGCUUCUGCUCUGAAGUGGACAGAGAAGAUGCAGGCAAGGAGAGGCAGGCACUUGGUGGGAUUGGAUGGGCCCAGGUGGGAGUUGGGCUACUUUGUGCUUUACAGUUGCCUCUGCUCAGGUUGGUCGCAUAGAGGUUGGUCACAACAAUUCCUUAAACGUCCUCCACGGGCAUAGACCAUAUGCAGAUGUUUGUACGUUCAGCAUGAGAUCCAGGGGCUGUUGCUUUAGAACAGAGUCCCAUGUUUACUGUCUUAGAGCUGAGCUUCUUUAGAUGUUUGUUAAUGGGCCCAUGAGCUCUGCCUCAGGUUACUAGUUUGGGGGGGAUCUGUCAGUGGCGGGUUUUAAGCUGCCGUACGGAACAUCAUCCCGACAGCAAUGCUUGUGUAGUGUGUUCCCACUGACUCUGUUUUGCCGCAGCACUUUGAUUCUGGGAGGCUGGCCUCUUGCCUACCUCCUUGCCUGGACAGGGCGGUGAGUAUUUAUGCUCUCACCUCCUUGCUUUCCCUCCACUAAUACCACUGGAUGGAAUGGUGCUGUGACUCCUGUCGCUAGGCUUUCCUGUGUAUCCCAAGACCUCAGCCUGGCGGGGUGGGGCCUGAGAGCCACAGAAAAGGUCAUGGCCGCCACAAAAGGGAGGUGGUGGUUUGCAGCCGGGGAAGGGCAAACAGCUCAGCGAGCUUUGUUUUGGAAAAGGCUGUCCCGGCUGCCGCUGCCUCUUGGUUAUAACGCAGAGCCGUGAGCAUCCUUCUGCAGGGGGAGAAUGAGCUCCUUUCUCUUCUAAACCCUUCCCCCCCUCGGUAACAGCUUCCCGUCCCCAGGGCCUCCGCCACUACAGCGUCCCUCUGCUGAGUGGCAGGGAGGCCAUAUGUUCAGUCCAAUGGGGCGCGAGGGCUUUGUUUCUUUCUGGAGAGAGGGCUCUAGGGAUGGAGAUGAGGAACGGCGCGCCUCCCUCAGACAAUGAGGCGUCCUGCCCUCCUGCUGCCAUAAUUCCUCUCCGCUGGGAGCCAGCUUUGGGGGGAUGCGUGCCGCCGGCACCCGGCAUUGCUCUGCACUGCACUUGGGUUUGGUGUGGUUCUUCUCUCGCCCACUCUCCCUCCUGGCCAUCCCGCUGUGCGCUCUCUUCCCAGCCUGCGCUGUGGGACUGUCAUGGCAUUUAGUUCAGAGUUGAGGGGCUUUGGCCUGAAAUAAAAUGCAACUAUUGAAGACUGUUGUUGCAAUUUGUGUCUAACAAGCUGUAGCAGAGAAGGAGGGAACGAAGGCUGGCACUAGUUACUUUCAUAAAUCAUGAAUCUAUCAGCGUGGAAAUAAUGGUUCAGAGCUGUGCACUGCAGCGCCUGCAUUGUGAGUGCAGCUCAAGUUCACCACUGGAGGAGGGACUGUCUUCCAAAGAGCCAGGAUCCAGCUCUUCUCACAGGUCUGGGCAUGAACCUUGUUAGGUAUAAUUUACCUGAUGCUGCUUCCAUCCUCGGUGCCAGGUGCUGAAAGAGAAAUAAAGUUUGUCAACAGGCAGAUGCAAAGCCCUGGCUGGGACUCAUCCCUCUUUCCUGCCCACCUCCCCUGAGUCUCUCCUUUAUGUGAUGCAGCAGAGCAAGGCGAGUAUAGAAAACCUACAGAGACAAAUCCAAAAUGUCAAAAGAAGUUCAUUUAAAAAGGGG